AUGGAGAUCACACAAAGACGAACAUUUACCUGUGGCAGAAACCGUAUCUUGGUUGUCUCUAUCAGUCGAAAACGGCUUUGGGAGGAUGUAGACGGGAUAACCGGUGAUAACCAAAUUGACCGCCGUGACUCUCUGAUUAUCUCAAAGCUGGAGCAGUUGCUUCAAAAAUUGCAAGGGGAAAUCAUGUCUAGCACCGUUGCUGGAGUGAAUCUGGAGAUAGACACACUCGUUUACCCACUAUGCUAUUGGGAACAGUUACUGUCGUGCGCAUUUCUCCAGUUUGGACGGGAAACCUCCAGUAAAGUCUUCGUCACUCAACGGACCACUCAGAACAGACAACGAUUCUCCCAGAACAACAAAGCGUUACUCUCAUGGCAAGUAGAUCUCCUCACGGAGGAAACACCAGAGUCCGACCUGACCGUGGAUGAGGAUUAUGCCGUGAAAACAAUCCUCAUGACACUUUUCCAGAUGGCAGGAGUAUCGGACGACGCAGAGAUCGAGAAUUUACUAGCGAGUUACGUAUCGUUAGAGGAUUUGAUUAGACACCUAUUUACUUAA